GGGGCGGCUCCGGGGCUUCCGCUCUCCUGCGCCCGCCGCGGCGGCACCGCUAAGCUGGCGGUAGGGACCGGGGUCGCUGGCGCAGGCUGAGCGCGGCAGCAGCUGGCUCGGGGCGUUGGCUGCCCUGGCUGCGGGGCUCUGACCCCCCGGGCGCGGGGCGUGGGGGCGCAGGCCUUGGAGCGAUCGUGGCGCCAGGCACUUCUGGUGGUGCGGUGCGGCCUGCGGAGGCGGGGGGAGCCUGAGGGCCGGCAGUCGAGCCUCCUUGGCUGUCAGGGGGCUGGCAUUGUUUAUAUGUCUAGCGAUCUGGGCAAAAAGUUUUUUAUUUUGUGUGAGCUAUUUGUUACACGUAAUCCUGGAAGGGAUGAUGCCAUUAGGCCUUGGAUAUUGGAACGUGCUGCACCACCGUGCCAUGCAGAACAAGGCAGCAGAGUUUGAAGACGUGGGAGUGAUUAAAUCAGUGUUGUAAUGGAACCCAAUUCUGUUUAGAACCUGCAUCAGGAGUCAUGUGGUCAGCUGACGAAAUUGCUGAGCUAUGUUACCUGCAUUAUAGGACUAGACUCCCUAAGCAGGGGAAACCAGAUCCAAGCAGGGAGUGGACUUCACUGGCAGCUGUUGUCAAAGUGGAGUCUGCAGCCCAAAGGGAGGUUCUUGCUAGUCCAGGAAAUGUGCGGGUAAUGAAGGAAGUUGUUGCUAUGGGAACUGGAACAAAAUGUAUUGGCCAAAACAAAAUGAGAAAAACUGGAGACAUUCUGAAUGACAGCCAUGCUGAAAUUGUGGCUAAGAGGAGCUUCCAGAGGUAUCUUCUCCAUCAGAUGUGGCUGGCAGCUUCCCAUCAGCAAUGUAGUAUCUUUAUUCCUGGAACUGAAACUGGGAAAUGGAAACUCAGACCAAAUAUCACAUUUGUUUUCUUCUCCAGCCAUACCCCAUGUGGAGAUGCUUCUAUUAUUCCAAUUAGCAAACCAGAGAACCAGCUUUCUAAGCCAGCGACUGGCGAUACUGCACCUGGACGAUCAUCAGAGUGUAGACGUAACCAUGAUCAUUUGGGUUCAGAAGAUAAUAGGAAAUCAGAUGAAACAGAAAGUAAUCGUGUAAUCAAGAGAAUGAAAACUGAUGAUGAUGGUGUUUUUUCCAAAAUCACUGAAGACCUGGAUGUUCAGCAAGUAUCUGUGAAACAAGAAGAUGACACAGAUCCAGAGAACUGUGAAUGUUCUGCAGAGACGCAAGUAGCUAAUAAGGAGACUGGUUUAGGGAGACUAAAGGUAGUAGAUGUUUAUAGAACUGGAGCAAAAUGCAUACCUGGAGAGCUGGGUGAUGCCCGAACACCUGGGCUAGGUUAUCACUGUGUAGGACUAUUAAGAGUGAAGCCAGGGCGUGGGGACAGAACAUGCUCUAUGUCCUGCAGCGAUAAACUGGCUCGCUGGAAUGUGUUAGGGUGUCAAGGAGCUCUUCUGAUGCAUUUCCUGCAGUAUCCAGUGUAUCUGUCAGCAGUUGUAGUGGGGAAGUGUCCAUAUAGUGAAGAAGCUAUGCGGAGAGCAAUUAUUGAAAGAUGUCAGCACACCUUGCUUUUACCAGAGGGUUUUGUUGCUCAGGAGGUUAAGCUGCUGCAAUCGGAUCUUCGAUUUGAACAUAGCCGUCAGGCAGUUCAGGAAGCUCAAACUAACGGCAAAACAAAACUUGUUCCUUGUAGUGCAGCUAUCAGUUGGAGUGCGGUCCCUGAGCGACCCCUGGAUGUCAGCUCAGAUGGCUUCCGGCAGGGAACAACAAAGAAGGGGAUUGGGAGCCAUCAGAGCAGAUCCAAGAUCUGUAAAGUGGAACUCUUCCAUGGGUUCCAAAAGCUGGUGAGAAGUAUUUCACAAGAGGAUCUGCCAGACACUCUUCGGAUGAAGACUCUAGAAACCUACUGGGACUACAAGGAAGCUGCAUUAAAUUAUCAAGAAGCCUGGAAAGUGCUGCGUAGCCAAGCCUUGCUGGGUUGGGUCAAGAAUGCCAAGGAAUACCUGCACUUCACAUGAGAAUACAUGCAGCUAUGUAGAUGCCAGUAAACCCUGGCGAACAGCAGAUACCUCUGCAGUUCAAGGGCCAGGAAAAGAUGUCCGCUAGUUUGUGUUCUGUAAGGAGACAGGCAAAAGGAGAGCAAUUUACAGAAGUCUUUGUUUUGGUUGAGUUGAAGUCCCUUUUUUAUUGAAAUACAGAAAAAUACCACUGCAGACUUAAAGUUCUCUUCAUGAUGUGCUGUGGUCUGAGGAUAUGAUCUGUCAGCGUAGUCCAUUGCAAUGGAAGAACUGAAAUUGAAACAGUGCUAUGGGAGAAAGGCUUUCAUUGUAAAAUUUUAGUGUUUGCUUUCAUUCUUCAUAAUGUUAUGGUUGUUCUUGUGUUACUGGGACAACCCUAAUGUACAGUAAGUAAUAAUUUUGUAACUCUUGGCUCUCCUUGUUUGGUGUCAGGAAGAAUUUUCCGUGUCCCCCAGCCACGUUGCUUCUAACUGGAAAUACUAGUUCUUUUAAAAGGUCUUUUUUCUGGGAGUCCUUCAUAUAAGCUGCUAUUUACUAAAUACAGCCAAAGCAGAAGCAAAAGAGUGAUGGGGUUAAGGCUGUGUCAAAUAAUAACUACUUACAGUAUCCCCUGCAUCUCUUUUAAUUUCAGAACUUUGCCAGAUACCCCUUUCGUGGGCAGGAAAAAAACACUCCUGAAUUACCUGGUUCACAGCUGUCAAUCCUGUGUAAUUCCAGGCAAAUAUUUACAAACUUUUCAGAGUUUCAAGCACAGUCCAUCCCCCAGUCCCCCUGUGAUACACAAUUAAAAGCAGGCAUGCCUUAGCCAUUUAUGUCACUGUUUCCUGGCAGGUGUUCAUGAAUAGCCUGGCAAAGGUGGAGAUGCUCUGGGGGAAACUGGAAGUUGUGUCUGGCAGUCUUUGCAUUUAUACUUUCUUACCAAGUAUCAUCUGCAUGGCGAAAUGGUCAACGCUGCGAGCUGGGGGGGAGCAGCGGGUAAUCCUCCUUAAGCUUUCUGUCCCAGUUACUGUGUUCUGUGAGCAAGUUUGGGACUGUGUAACUGCUACUGAGCACACACUCCCCUUCUGUACCUUUUCUGUUGAAAAUGACAAUUCAUAACAUUUGGACAAGGCAAAGGCAGGAUGAAAAAAAAGAGGUGGAUAAUUUAGAACUUAAGAAUUCUUUAGUGAUCUUAGUUUUCUGUUCUUUGUUAUCUUACUAUGGUUUUAGACUUGAAAAAUGGGCACAGCAGUUCUCCAAAUAGCUCAGCAGGUUGGUUGACUGUAAAGCUACAUAUGGGACUGAACAGUCCAUAUCACGUUACAGUCUGAGAAUGGAUUACAGCAAAUCUUUUUACUUUGCACCUAGGUUGACUUGUCAAAUAAGAAUAGUUCUCUUACUUGUUGAAGAAAUAAGAAAGAACUUGAAUUCUGUGCAUAUAAGUCUGUCUUCUCAAAUGCAGCACCAACAUGCAGAAAGACCACUGUUGUAUUGGUGAGGGUGGAGUCUUUUUGUGUGUUUGUAGAGGGCAGGGGAUUAUGGAGAAUUGUGACUUGCAUUAGUCAUUAGAGGAUGAAAAAUGGCCACAUGGCGUUGCAGACAGGCUACAGGGUGAACUGCUGAAGAGAAAUGGUAACAGGUAUUGUAAUUGAGCAAACAGCAUUCCAAGGGCAGUCUUGUAGCGUAUUUAAAGAGAUAACCAGUAAAUUUCCAUUCUCCUGAAAUUUACCUUUGUCUUUCCCAGAAAUCUUGUAGAAACUAUACCUUAACAUACCUAGUUUCCCUUUGUUAAUGAACAAAGUCUGUAGUGAACCUGCUGACCAGACUGGAAUGUUCCUAUUUCCUAUCCAGCUGCAAUAUUAAAAUGGGUUACAUAAGGCUAGUUGCACUCUAGUCUUGGCGUCAGACUAGUUUUCAGAUGAGCAGUUUUACGAUGUAAAUUCUUUUAACUCUUUCCUAAAAUUUGAGCCUGGCUGUUAGGAGAGAUUGUUCCUGGUAAGAUUUUCCUGUGUAUUUGUAAAAUACUGGUGAACUGUGGACUACUGCUUUUUGCUACUUGUCAGCUGUAAAAGUUUUCAAGGUGCUGAAGACUCACACUAACCUUCCUUUUUGGAUGGAGUUGAGGACAUAUUUAAGCCUAGAGCGAGGCACUGAAUAUCGAAGAGAGGGAAGGAGCUAAAACAAAGCAGCAUUUAGAAGGCUGAGGGGCUAAGCCUGCAGAAUCUUAACUCAACUGGAUCGCAUUUCUGGGAUUGUAAGUAAGUAUUCAAAUGCUGCAUCUGGUUCAUUACAAAAUGUCAGGAAACGCUCUGGGCAGUACCAAGAAACUGCUUUACAAAUCGGAAGGAAAAGAUAUAUGGAGAAGAGAUAACACAAUCUCUGCUUUUGAAAGAGGUAGCAAACUGAACUUUCAUUAUUGUCAGCAGAUCUUUGGUCCAGAAUUGCUCCUGGACGGUAGCAGUUGACAUAUUUCACGCUUGUAUCACUCCUUUGCACUGGCAUAGCUGACACACCAAAAUACAGAGGUAAGCAAGGCGCAGGGGGGACAACAGAAUGCAGAGGCUGUGCUACAGGGGAGCCGUGUGUGUGUGUGAAGUAGGGGAAAUGAAUUGCUGACAGGUCUUGGUUAACAAGGACAACCAAACAAUUGGUAAUGGGAGCAGCAGAGCAUAUGAGGGCACCAAGAUUCCCAAGGGACGUGUACAAUGCUCUACAGAGCAUAUUUGUAUUACCCAGAUGGGUCCUUGCCUUAUUUGCCAGAACAAAGAGACUGUAAUCCUUAUUUUGAGUGGGAUAUCUUUAACAGCUUCACUAUUGGAGAAGUUGUCAUUGUCAAUCACAGUAAGAAGAUGGGGCAGACUGCCUGCUGAUCUUUAAGGAAGUCAAAACCAGAGCACAGAAACAAGUGCUUCUGUCCACGUGUAGAAGUACACAACCUGUUUGAGGUGGAGGCUGCAGUUCGUAACACAGCAUGCUAGCAUCCCAUUCCCUUUGAAAAAGCAACGUUUUGGUAUUGUACUGUGCUUCUGCUGCUCACCUUGCACAGGCUGAAGCACUUACUGAUCUCGGUAUGUUCAGAGUAAAUUGAAGACUACUCAGAUUAUUAUCUUUGUAGGGAAAACAAACUAUGAGCCCAAGACAAGGUGUAGAUUUUCACUAGGAGUUGAAUCACUUUGCAAUAAGCCCAGUAAGGGCUAAAGGAAGGGAAGAGCCAGGGCUGUGCUGCUGAGGGCAGGAGGAAGAGCCAAGCUUUUCCUUUCACUUGUUACAAACAAUUAGCUGGUUAUGAAACCACACAUGGAGAAAAUGCUUGAGGCAUAAGUAUGGAAAUGAAGUGUAAGUUACUGUUGUUAAGGAGGAAAGAAGGGUGUUGGAGUAAAACAGAGAGCUAAACGUAGUUGAGGGACCUAUCAGUUCCUUCUCUCAAAGCAUAUCCACCCCAAGAAUCUGGUAACAUCAUUAUAAUGAGGAUUGCAACAGUGGCUUACAGGUGGAAGCAAGAUAAUUUUUGAGGAAAAGCUAUCUAAAUUCAUCUAGUACUGGCUUAGUUAUAGCUGAGAAGACAUUUCAAGUUAGCUUAAAGACGGGUGCUGUAGGUAUAGCAAGGUAUUUCUUCAUUUUCUGUUCAGUGUAUAAAUUGAAAAGCCUUCCCAGUCCUGAAGGUUUACAGAAGGUGAAGAUGAUAUGAGACCCAAAUGCAUUUAAUAUUUUUACAAGAGUGACUGUACUAUCUAAAGGGAUCCAUUUCAUCUACGUAUUUCAAAAAGAAAUACCUUGAUGUUUUAUUGAAAUUUUAAGUGCAUCUGCAGAUGAAAAGUACAGGUACUGCUGUAAAGCAUUUAUCCUUGCAUUCUCUGAAUUAUUUGUGUACCUGGGCUGCUAAAUCUAAAUUGAUAAUUAGAGUAGUUACAUGGGGUUUUUUAGAGGCUUAUGAAGGGUAUUCCAAAAGUCAUCUUGAUCAUAAGACUGGGAAUAAAACUUCAUCUUCCCUUGUUUUGUUUAGAUAUAUCUAUGUCCUAGCAUGCAGUUAGCUUUAUCUAGCAGUUGUAAGUUAUGUUUCUUACUCUCCUCUUAAUAGCUAGCAAAAAAUACUACUUGAUAAUCAUAGACAAGCCGUGAACUUUCAGCUUAAAGGAAACAGAACAUUUUCCGGUAAUAAAAGGUAGUAAAAAACAUCACAGAUGAAAACCCUUCAUUCUGAAUCAAAAAUUCUGUUAUGAGUAAACAUUAAUACUAAAUGUGUGGAGGGGGAGGGUGGAAGGAAUUAAUGAUGAAAGCAGUUGACGGAAUGUUUAUAAAAGCAGUGGUAUACAUUGCAGUGCUAUUCUGAAUAAUGAAAGGCUUACUGAACCAGCAGCACAUUUUCAGAUGCAGUAAGCACAUGCAGCACUGUUACUGUGACAAGCUGCAAUAAUACAGUAGUGUCAACAUUUCAUAGGCUCCAACCUUCUCAUUUCGGAGUGCUUCUGCUGGUACCUGUGAAUAACUGUAGAGUCAAACAUAAGUCUAGGCAUAAGGCGGCUUCAUGGGAGUUGAGUUAGUGUGAUUUUCAUUUAAGCUUGGAAAGCGAUAAAUCUCCACUGUGACUGGAAACAUUUUAAAAACUAAUCUCUCCUGCACCGUGUAGUGUGACAAUGAAGUAAAACUUUUAUUAGGAAUCUAAA